AUGACAUACGGUUCGAGCAGUGAGGAGGACGAGUUUCCGGACGUCGAGGUCAUGAUCCGGAAGCACAAACAGAAGACCCAAGGAAAGCAGCGCGACGGCAACAAGGAGAACGCACUCAAGGCGCCCAAAUCGACAACCGUGGAGAAGUUAGAGAGGAAAGGCAAGGAUAAGCAAGGAGGCUCAUCUGCGCCAGCGACAGCAGUAAAGGCCACGCCUCUACGACGACGGAAACUCGGACAGGCGGGCCAGACUAUAGGCAGCUCACUACUAAAGCCAUGGAACGACUCAGAAGACACAUCCAACGCGCCCGGCGACGGCAUCUCAAAGUUGAAGACAUCGCGUGGUGCGCGGUCGCGAGAGGGGAGUGCGGAAUCUUCUACUGUUGCUUCAACGAAUGACCUGCUGGAUCGCGCGCCGGUAAAGGUCCGUCAGACUGGAUCUCGCACCGCCUCGAGCAGUAUUGAACAUGAGGACGAUAUUGUCGUGGAAGAACGCAAGAAGCCGCGGCGACUGAUUACACGAGGAGAACGAAAGGCAAUGGACCAGAGCUCCUCGAAAGAGCUCGCAAAGGCUCAAAUUCACGUGAGCGAAUCUGAGGAAGAGGGAGCUAUCGAUGACUCCAAGUACGACCUUGGAUUCAGUGAGGAUGGCAUGUCCGACUUCAUCAUCUCAGCCGACGAGGUCGGAGCGGAAGCCUCAGACUCGGAGUCGGAUAUUUUCUUGACACCGCCUAAGCGGCGGUCGAGAAGUCCAUCUGAGACACUGCGGAAGCCUCGCAGAGUACUAUCACCUUCCAAAGACCCGGCCACAACGGCAUCCAAACGAACAGAUCCCGCGAUCAGUCUCGAGAAGCCUAGCAAACCUGCCUCAAAGGAGCAUUCCAACGACAAUGUCCCGAGAGACAAAGCCAGCACAGCUCCGAAGCCAGCCAGAACCAACAAAGGGGACCUGGAAGAUGCCUUCCGGAAGCUCCAGAUCUUCAAUGAGGACUCUGACCCGGACGACAUGCCCGUCAAGGGCAAGAACCCCAUCUUGGAGCCAAUGACGCCCAGGAAGACGCUGACGGCCUCGCCGCUCAAAACGCCCAAGAUCCCUCUCUCGCCCUGGAAGCCCGAGCACAAGGAGUUCUGGGACCCCGAGGUGAACUUUGCCUGGAUCGACAAGCACUCGCCGCCCAAGAAGAGCAGCAGCCCCAAAAAGCUAGACCUAACCGGCGGAGCAAGCACAUCAGACUUCAAGGCCGAGCUGAAGCGCAGGUACGGCAACAGCCCCGAGAAGCGGGACGCGAAGAAGGCGUUCGACGCCAUCAAGGAGGACCUGGCGCGGAGUUUUCUGCGCGAGCUCGACGAGCGCAUCACCGAGGGCCGGCUGGAGAGGCUGACGGAGUGCACGGGCGGUCUGCGGAUCGUGUGGUCGAAUACGCUGAACUCGACGGCGGGCCGCGCGCACUGGAAGUGCAAGACCAUCACCACGACGUCGCGGCAGCCUACCUCCUCCUCCUCCUCUUCCACAUCCGCCUCGUCCACCACGACGACCGUCAAGCAGCACCAAGCGCACAUCGAGCUCGCCACCAAGGUCCUGACCAACACCCCGGACCUGCUCAACACGGUGGCGCACGAGUUUUGUCAUUUGGCCGUGUUCAUCCUCGACGGCAAGCCCAAGUCGGCGCACGGGCCCGAGUUCAAGGCCUGGGGCGCGCGCUGCGGCGCCGCGUUCGGCCGCGAUCGCGGCAUCGAGGUCACUACCAAGCACAGUUAUGAUAUUGAGUACAAGUACAUCUGGCGGUGCGACGAAUGUGCCGCAGAAGUGCGAAGGCACUCCAAGAGCGUCAAUACGAGCCGCCAGCGCUGCGGCGGGUGUCGCGGCGUGCUGGUGCAGGUCAAGCCCGUUCCCCGGGGCGGAGGCAAUACUAAUACCGGUACGAGUGCGGAUGGGAAGAAGGGUGGUGGUGUGGCGGCGGCGGACGGUGUUGGUGGAGGGAAGCCGGCGUCUAGGAAACAGAGCGCGUGGCAGGAGUUCAUGGCGUGGGAGAUGAAGGAGAUCAGUGCCGCGAACAAGGGCAUGUCGUUCAAGGACCGGAUGGCGGUCAUUUCGGCCAGAUGGAACGAGCAGCAGAUAGGUGGUGGCAAGGAACGGGCUGGCGCGGUGGAGGUUAUUGAGAUUCGGGAUGAUGGGGAUCGGGAUAAGGGGGUGGUGAAGGGGCAGGUUGGGGCUACGUAUGACCUGUUCUCGUAG